GAGAUGAGAAGACGUUGUGCAGUCAAGUCCGUUGCUGUAGCUCCGUCACAACUCUGCCAUUCUCUGUCCAUUGGCCGACGUGAGUUGAGCAUUGUGUUCGGUCCAGUGGGUGAAGCUUCUCUGCGUGCUUCAUCGGUCGUCCAAAGGUGUUCGAAGGUCAGAUCUGAAGACUCCUCCAAUAGCUGUGGUGGCCGGCGUCUGAGCUUGGGGGUGAGUUUUCCCGUGUAUAUCUCGGCCGAAGAGUACAAAACAGAGUCUAAUCUACCUUCCUCAAGCUCCAUAGUUUCGGAUCUGGUGAACUCCAAUUUCAAAAAAUUUAAACAUCAGGGGUUGAUGUUUGUAUCAGAUUUGGUGAAAAUAUUUAAAGAUGUUGUAGCUUUGAGAGACUAUAUGUACGUACCAUCAGCCUCACAACCUCAGCCGGCACUUGCUCCACAGGCUAACACAGAAGAGGAGGAGAAUGUUUAUAGAAUUGAGCUGGACCAAUAGGAAGGGUCAGGGGACAGUGAGGAUGAAAAUUUUGGUGUUGACCCAACAGCCAGUGUAGGGGUCACAGAUAACUUCGUCGAUUGCAACUUAAACAACCCCGUGAGUACUGGACCAAGUGGCUCAAGAACCUAUGGAAAGAGGAAGAGGGGUGAGACGUCUGAUGCAAAGAAGAAAAAAAAAAGAAAAAAGUUACUGUAUCUACUAAAAUUUCUAAUAGCCUGAGUGUCAUAGCAGCUGCUUCUGACAAGUGAGCAGCAGCAUUGGUUGAAGUUUCCCAACUAGUUGAUAAGGUUUUGGCACACUUGACUACUGUUGAAGAGCUUAAUGGUGACAAUCAACUAUAUUAUGUAUGUGCCAAGAUGCCUAUGCGGUUGAGGUAGGCUAGGCGAGCCUAUUUGGGGUUUAUGCAUGGUAGAAACAAGUUGUUGGCGUGGUUGAUACUGGCAGCACUAGACCCAAAUACAUGGAAGGAACCUAUAGAUUAGGAUUUAGUUUAGGACUUAGUUGUUUUACUGUUAUUAUUGCACUUGUUAACUUGAACUACUUGCUGUUUUAACCUAAACUGAUAUAGCCUGUUGUAAGAACUUUAUUAAUGAUUACGUAAUAUA